GCGUUUCAUUAGAGUUUGAGCCGCACAGCCGUCAACGUCGUCUGAGCGCAUUCGGCAAAUAUUGCAAUUAGCGGCCAACAGGUGUCGCCGCGUGUGUGUGAAAAUUAACGCCCGAAAACAAAUUUAAAUUCCAAAAUUACAAAAAAAAAAAACAACAAAAUAAAAUAGAUUGUGUUAACGGUGCAAAAAAUUAUAAAUCUAACGCAAAUUGUGAAGUGCUAAAAAUAGAUAUUAAAUAUUUUUCUCAGACCCAGAUUUAGGAGCCAUCAAACAUGCCCAUCAAGGAGGUCUUACAACGCUGUCAGCCCAUACCGCUCUACGUGGUACUGAUCCUAUCUGUGUGCUACUUUGUGCUCCAACUGGUCCUCAGCCAUUUGACGCAUGCAUUGACACUCCUCAUGGCUUCCUAUCACAUGUUGUGCAACAUUUUGGCACUGGCCGGUUGCAUUGUAACGAUUAAGCACAGCAGACGGAAUGAGACGGAACCACCAACACCUAAAGCAGCGCCCAUCCUGGCCAAAGGCACAACGGAUGAAAAGAUAGCCGUGGUGCUCACGCUGAGCGAGACUGAGGAGCAGCAGUUGGCCAAGCGUGAGUCGCGGGAGCAGAAGCUGCGCAAUACCUUUGGCUGGGCACGCAUCGAUAUACUCACUAUGCUGAUUGUGUUCAUCAUAUUGGCCUCGCUGUCCUUCUCGCUUAUUGUGGAGGCACUGCAGACGCUGGUGCACAUUGAUCAUCAGGAUACGAUGCAUUUGCCCAUCCAUGUUAUGAUGCUGGGCUGUGUGGGUCUUGUAUUGAAUGGCCUCACAUACUUGCUGAUAGGUGGCUACACAUUGCAUCAGGGCAGCUUUCUGCACUUGACGCCAGGUGGCGAUGUUGUGCUGGAGCGUUCCAUCUCCAGUCAUUCCGAUUUGGCACUGAAGCCCAUGCAGCGCUCACUGAGCAAGUCGCGCAAUGAUCGCCAGCUGCGCCAGGAUCUGGAGGCGGAGGUGGGCAACAUUUACUUCACGACCAAGCGCCAGGGCGCUGUAGAGAUGCUGCGCGAUGUGUCCAGCACGCUGUUUGUCAUCGUUUGUGCGGCCAUUGUCUAUGUGGCCGAAGAUGAGGAGCAUACGGCCAAGUUUAUUGAUCCUGUUUUGUCCAUAUUCUCUUGUGUGCUGUUGGUCUCACUGAGUUAUCCUUACAUGAAAGAAUCUUGCCUCAUUUUACUGCAAACGAUACCUGGCUCCAUUGAUCUGGAGAUCUUUGAGAAGACCCUGGUGAACAAGUUUCCGGAGAUUGUAAGCUAUCACGAUCUGCACAUUUGGCAGCUGGCCGCGCACAGCUAUGUGGCCACCAUACACAUACAGUUCCAGAAUCCCAAGCUCUAUCUGAAGAUUAUCGAGCAAGUGCGUGCCUAUUUUCAUGAGCAGGGAAUUACAGCGGUGACCAUACAACCCGAAUUCUAUCCGGCAACCAAUAAGAAUGCCUCCGCAUCGCUGGAAUGCCUGAUGCAGUGUCAGGCAGCCGAGUGCAUUGAGAAAGUUUGCUGCCGCGAUUCACGCAGCGACUUACGGGAGGUUAGCGGGAGUCCGGAUGGUAGCAAAACAAUCUCAAGCCCGUCCACGCCCAAGUCCUGCGCAGAACUGAGCAACGUUAUUGUGGAAAAACCCAAGGAGUUAAGCGUAGUGCAGCUUUUAAAGGGUCAACAAGAGGCUGAACAAGUGCGGGAGGAGUUGACGCAGUCGCCGUUGCCCUCGUCUCCAACGAGCAUAUCCCUGCUGGCUGAGGCGCCAACAUCGGACACCAAAUGCUAAUGAUCGUCCAUUAGCUUUAUAGUCAUUGUAUUAGUCCAGCGAUUUUACGAUUUUAGUUAGAAUUUACGCUUAUUUUAACGACUACUACUGCAGCUAUGCUAUACGCUCAGGCUGAUAACUAAAGAAUUGCAGUUUUCAUCGACUUUGCAUUAGACGUUAUCUGGCAGAACCAAAGAUCUGCAUGUGCGGGUGCUAAGUUGGCCUAUAUCAUUCAAUAUAUAGCAUAAUUUCAGUAUUUGCCAUAUAAUUUGAAAACUAACAUUUUAACGUGAGACGCUUAAAUAGUUUUAACAAGUUAAUAGUUAGCUAAUAAGUCUUAUAUGUAUAAUAAGAUAUAAUUAAGCAAAUAAAUGUUGCUUUUAGGUCGAUUUAUUAUAUACACAUUUAAAUUUAACAUUUUCUAAAUAUUUAUAAAAAUAAUAUUUCUAGAUUGGUUUAAGUGUUUUGAACGCAUCUGCGUCAACAAGUUAGUCAUUUUUACACAUAUAUUAAUUGUACACACACAACACAAUGGAACGAGGUCCACAAACUAUAUACAUAUACAUAAAAACGUUCCACAUAAUAAUAGGUAAACAAUUAA